GAGCUCGCAAUAAUGGGAAAUCUUAACUGUUGUUGUACAGAUGUAAAGGGGCCACAGACCCAUCGUCUGUCUUGUGGCCAGUCACCCUACACAGAAGCGACCACGUGGGAGCGGAAAUACUGCAUCCUCACAGACAGCCAGCUCGUGCUGCUCAACAGGGAGAAGGAGAUCCCUGUGGAGGGUGGGCAGGAGCAGCAGACAGAUUCCACCAAAGGGCGAUGUCUGAGAAGAACCGUCAGUGUCCCUUCCGAGGGUCAGUUUCCUGAAUAUCCACCAGAGGGCACCACUAAACUGGAGGUGCCGGCAGAAAGGUCCCCCCGCAGACGGAGUAUCUCAGGGACCAGUACAUCGCAGAAACCCAAUUCCAUGGAUACUGUAAAUACCUCACCUUUCAAAGUACCAGGGUUCUUCAGCAAGCGCCUGAAAGGUUCCAUCAAGAGGACCAAAAGCCAAUCAAAGAUUGACAGAAACACGAGCUUUUGGCUUCCAUCCCUUCGUAAUUCAGAUGACAGGAUUCGUAGUCUGCCUAAACUAAAAGAGUCACGUUCCCAUGAGUCCUUGCUGAGCCCUUGCAGUGCCAUAGAGUGUCUGGAUCUCGGCAAAGGAGAGCCGGUGUCAGUGAAUUCGGUCCACAGUAGCAUCCUUGGAAAAGACUUCUGCUUUGAGGUUACCUACUUAAGUGGAAGUAAAUGCUUCAGCUGUAACUCUGCUUCAGAGAGAGACAAGUGGAUGGAAAACCUUCGUAGGGCAGUUCAACCAAAUAAGGACAAUUGCAGACGAGCUGAAAAUGUUCUUCGUUUAUGGAUCAUUGAAGCCAAGGACCUUGCUUCUAAAAAGAAGUAUUUCUGUGAACUCUGCCUUGAUGGUACCCUCUUUGCUCGUACAACCAGCAAGACCAAAGCAGAUAAUAUUUUCUGGGGUGAACAUUUUGAAUUCUACAGCCUUCCAUCUAUUCAUAGCAUUACAAUUCACAUUUAUAAAGAUGUGGAAAAAAAGAAAAAAAAAGAAAAGAAUAAUUACGUCGGGCUAGUCAACAUUCCCACUGCCAGUGUGACUGGUCGCCAGUUUAUAGAAAAGUGGUAUCCAGUGAGUACCCCUACGUCCAACAAAGGAAAGACAGGGGCACCUUCUAUUCGGAUUAAAUCUCGGUUCCAAACUAUCACCAUUCUGCCUAUGGAGCAAUACAAAGAAUUUGCAGAAUUUGUCACCAGCAACUACACCAUGCUGUGUUCUGUCCUUGAACCGGUAAUUAGUGUGAGAAAUAAAGAGGAGUUGGCUUGUGCCUUAGUGCACAUUCUUCAAAGUACUGGCAGGGCCAAGGAUUUUCUGACUGACUUGGUGAUGUCUGAGGUGGAUCGCUGUGGAGAGCAUGAUGUCUUGAUCUUCAGAGAGAACACCAUUGCCACCAAAUCCAUCGAGGAAUACCUCAAGUUGGUGGGACAACAGUAUCUUCAUGACGCAUUGGGGGAGUUCAUCAAAGCUUUGUACGAGUCAGACGAGAACUGUGAAGUAGAUCCCAGCAAGUGUCCCUCUAAUGAAUUGCUGGACAAUCAAGGCAACCUGAAAAUGUGCUGCGAGCUGGCUUUCUGCAAGAUCAUCAACUCUUACUGUGUUUUCCCUCGUGAGUUGAAAGAAGUGUUUGCGUCGUGGAAGCACCAGUGCCUGAACCGUGGCAAGCAGGACAUCAGCGAGCGACUCAUCAGCGCCUCCUUGUUCCUGCGUUUUCUGUGCCCGGCCAUUAUGUCUCCCAGCCUUUUCAACCUCAUGCAGGAGUAUCCUGAUGACCGCACGUCUCGGACUCUGACUCUGAUUGCCAAGGUCAUUCAGAACUUGGCUAACUUUGCCAAAUUUGGUAACAAAGAAGAAUACAUGGCAUUCAUGAAUGAUUUUUUAGAACAUGAAUGGGGUGGAAUGAAGCGCUUCCUUUUGGAGAUCUCUAAUCCAGACACCAUCUCAAACACCCCAGGCUUUGAUGGUUACAUUGAUCUGGGCCGAGAGCUUUCAGUUUUGCAUUCCUUACUGUGGGAAGUAGUUUCCCAACUUGAUAAGGGUGAAAAUUCCUUCCUACAGGCGACCGUGGCAAAACUGGGACCUCUCCCUCGAAUUCUUGCUGACAUUACCAAGUCUCUGACUAAUCCUACACCAAUACAGCAGCAACUCAGACGCUUCACUGAGCAUAACUCCAGUCCAAAUGUCAGUGGAAGCCUCUCUUCUGGGCUGCAGAAAAUAUUUGAAGACCCCACUGACAGUGAUUUGCAUAAACUGAAAUCUCCAAGCCAGGACAACACAGAGAGCUACUUCCGGGGGAAGACAUUAGUGCUGGUUCAGCAGGCGUCCUCGCAGAGCGUGACUUACUCUGAAAAGGACGAGAAGGAAAACAGCCUUUCUAACGGUCGGAGCAUCUCCCUCAUGGACCUUCAGGACACUCACACUGCUCAAGUGGAGCAUGCACCUGUCAUGCUCGAUGUGCCUAUGCGCUUAACUGGAAGCCAGCUUUCCAUAACCCAGGUGGCCAGCAUCAAGCAACUGCGGGAAGCCCACAGCGCACCCCAAGUGAGAAGGCCCCUGCACCCAGCCUUGAACCAGCCAGGCAGCCUCCAGCCCUUGUCGUUCCAGAACCCUGUCUAUCACCUCAAUAACCCAAUUCCAGCAAUGCCAAAGGCCUCUGUGGAUUCCAGUUUGGAGAACCUAAGCACUGCCAGUUCCAGAAGCCAAAGUAACAGCGAGGAUUUCAAACUCAGUGGGCCCAGCAAUAGCAGCAUGGAAGAUUUCACCAAACGCAGCACCCAGAGUGAGGAUUUCUCCCAGCGGCACACUAUGCCCGACAGACACAUACCUCUUGCCCUGCCACGGCAGAACAGUACCGGGCAGGCCCAGAUCCGGAAAAUGGACCAGGCUGGGUUAGGUGCCCGAGCCAAAGCGCCACCAUCCCUGCCCCAUAGCGCUUCCUUGCGCAGCACGGGCAGCAUGUCGGUGGCCUCUGCAGCCCUCGUGGCCGAGCCUUUGCAGAAUGGGAGCCGCUCCCGGCAGCAGUCUUCCUCCUCCAGAGAGAGCCCUGUUCCCAAAGUGAGAGCCAUCCAGAGACAACAGACACAGCAGGUUCAGUCACCUGUGGACUCUGCCACAAUGUCCCCAGUGGAGAGGACAGCAGCCUGGGUUCUGAACAAUGGCCAAUAUGAAGAGGAUGUGGAAGAAACUGAGCAAAAUCAAGAUGAAUCCAAGCAUGCUGAGAAGUACGAGCAGGAAAUCACUAAGCUGAAGGAGCGGCUGCGCAUGUCCAGCCGGCGGCUGGAGGAGUACGAGCGCCGCUUGCUGGUGCAGGAGCAGCAGAUGCAGAAGCUGCUGCUGGAGUACAAGGCGCGGCUGGAGGACAGCGAGGAGCGCCUGCGCCGGCAGCAGGAGGAGAAGGACAGCCAGAUGAAGAGCAUCAUCAGCAGGCUCAUGGCCGUGGAAGAGGAACUGAAGAAGGACCACGCUGAGAUGCAAGCCGUUAUUGAUGCAAAGCAAAAAAUAAUUGAUGCACAGGUCAUAAAUGGAGAUGAGAUUAUUCAAACAGGAAAAACGGAUCGUGUCCCUGGAUUCAGCCAACACCAGACUGAUGAGCGCGCUGACGCAGGUGAAGGAGCGAUACAGCAUGCAGGAGAACAUGCAACUACCAGGAACCACACAACCGUUUGUCCCACUGGCCAACCCAAGACCGGGCCCAAGUGGACAGCUGUCUGGGAAGACAGAUCAGAGCUGUUGCAUCAAAACUGGACUUGAAGAGUGAUUUCUGUUGAACUCCUGUUGAUGUUUAUUUCCUUCUGUCGAGAGCAGAUGGGAAUUUUCCGUUUUAGAUAGGGGGCUUUUUUUAACCCCAGUUGUAAUAAAGGGUGUUCUUUUUUCCUCUUUAGAGUUUACAGAACUAUAAAUAUUCGUGUCUCUGCAUACCAUCUUCAUCUUCACACACCCACUGCCCUUUCCUCCCCAUGGGGGGGAGCCAUCAUCACCAACAGGGUUUACUCUCCCCCAGAGAGGAUGUUCAGAUAUGCUGUCCCUAAGCCAUCCAAAAGAAACACCCUUUCUUCCACACAGAAAAGGGCUAGUCGUACCAUAGCAGGAAUCUCUCUUUCCUAUUAAGAAAACCACAACAACUUUUCUCUUUGUAACUUAACACUUUUUGUUUGGGAUAAAGAUUUUAUCCAUUGUACUAGUGAAUAUCUGGGCAGGGUAAGUUUAUCUCAGUCCUUAGCUUUUAUAUUGCUUCUUCUAAUUCCCUCACCGAAAUUUGGGAAGGAAAUCCAGACCCAAAGCAUGGCUGUCUCACACAAGUCAUGGUGACUCUUAUACAGUAAGAAAACGAAAAGCGCAAGGACCGCACGCCCCAGUUGUUAUCCCCGUGCUCUUCGUAGAUGUGGCAAUAAUGACUCUGUCGCACCGA